AGAUACUGUAGCAUCACAAGCCACCCAUCCACAAAAGGUAACUACAUUGAUAUGCACAUCGGAAGGUCAUUUGAGUUGAGCCCAGUAUCGAUUUCCAAUCAACAAAUCCGCCACAACCCAUAAACUAUAUCAUACAGCCAUGUAUAUCUUCUCAUCUCGGACUACAAAGUCAGGAUUGUUUGCCGGUUUCUUCCAGAAAAUAUACAAUUAUAUACUUCAAAUAUUCGGAUUUUCCAAGUCUCGAAAAGACACGCGCACAGAAGUCAAGGAAGACCGAAUGGAAACCGUGAAGAUAUUGGCUCAUCCACCUCGACCUAUAAUCCUAACAGUUUGCAGUCUCGCAUCUCUGAUAUCCACUGCUCAACUCGGUUCGUCUCUCGGUAACGAAUGCUUGCGAAGAAAUCUUCGGUUCUUUUGAAUAUUCAUCUUUUUUAUUCUUAUCUCUGUCUUACUGCC